CGUCUGUCAAUCUCCCGUCUUUUUACUCCGCGCUCUCUUUUUCUUCACAUCGACAACGCCAUGAUGCUCUCGUGAAGAGCAGUUGAAGCCGGCAAUCGCGCUGCAGUUUGCUUGCUUGCUUGCCUGCUUGCCUGAUUGCCUGAGCCAACUCUCGUCCCCUCGUUUUUCCAAAUCGUCACCAGCCGCAAUGCCUACCAAAACGCACCACCGGUCCCGGUCCUCGAUCGACCGAGUCUUUGAUCUGCUGGCGGAUCUCGACGACACGCAGAUUACCCUUCUGCUAGACGACCUCAACCACACCACGCCGAGCAACGUGCCCGUCUCGAGCGCCAUUGCCCUGUUCGAGUCGGGCCCCAACAGGCCCAAACGCAAAUUCGGCAGGGCCUCGUCCCCAGUGAGGACGCUGCACGCCGAACUCGAGCGCAGACACAGCAAGAGAAUCUCUUCGGCCCCCGAACCACGGCCGCGCCCCAAGACGGCCUCGGAGCCUCCGACAGGCGAACGACCCACGGCACAGAAUCCAACAAGGCAGCAUUUUUCCGAGCUGCAGCUUACGACGUCCCACUUGUCGACGCAACAAGCUACGGUCAACGCUCCUUCGGCCCCCGCACCUCUACCGCGCGGAGGUAGUAGUAGUGACGACAACGGCGGCGGCAACGACGACGACAACCGACCUAGCCGUCCGUCACUCACUCUUUUCCCUCCCGAGUCUCUCACCGAGCGCCCCAAGACAGCCACUGAGCCGCGGAGGGCGGAAUCUCAGUCGUCGCGCUCCUACAAGAGGGUCAGCAGGCCGUUGUUCCUGUCGCCCACGGCCACGGCCGAGCUCCACGAGCUGCUCCGUGCAUAUCUGUACGAUACUAGUAAUAAUACCCCGGCUUCGGCCACCACAAGUGCCACAACCACUCCCACCACACCCGCCGCGGGCGGCGGCAGCGGCGGCGGCGGAGGCGGCGCGUUCGUCUCUCCUUUCUCGUUUCUCCACCACCCAGAGGCCGCCGUACCGGGACUCGACCUGCUCGAGCCGUCGCCCGUGCGGUCGCCGCCGCACUUUACACUCGAUAGGGCGGCCGCUCCCGCCGUCAUCAUGGACCCAACAGACGCCAUGUGCGGCAUCUUCGAGGUCUUGUCGUCCCACUGAUGGGGGGGACUGUACCCCCAGCCGGCCCGAUGCCGGGGCCUUUUGUUGGUUUCGUCUUUUUUUGUAUAAUGUAACCUACUUCUAGACUGGCACAGAAUGGAAUUCUACAGAGCAAUCACGUAUGCACCCCCAUGUCCAAACCAGACGCACCAUGCUGUCUGUCCGCUUCUGGCCCCCUUGUUGUCGCUACUGCUGCUUUUCCGCUUACUGCUUCU